AUGACACGGCACGAGAAGCGAGCGAAGAACUUCUCGUACAGCUGCGGCGAAACAGUGAGCAGCACGCAAGCCAUAUACAUGCACAAGGAUUCUGGUCAUUCCCUUACUCUGAUAUCUGCCGUGGGCACGCCUCCUGAGCCGGCAGGGGAGGACGGCGCGGUUGUUGAUGCUAUCGAUCAUCGCGACGGUUCCGGCAGUGAUCGCGGUCCUACCCGCGAGGUCGACGACAAGCGCCACAAUGAUCAACCCGCAGCAUCGCAACACCACCAAUAUACCGCCGUUUCGGGCAUGGACGGUGCACUGAUGCCAAAAUCGACUGCGUCAUCGCCUCGUACAAGGCCGUCGCCCAGCAAACACUCGACCAAAGCUGAGCCCUCUUUACCAACCUCCUGA